AUGGAUGCUCUGCAGAACCUCAAGGUUACACUCGACCCUUCCACAGGCGUUGCCCUGGUCGUCCUCCACCGGCCUGCCAAACGCAAUGCAUUCUCUCAGGCCAUGAUACAGGAAAUGGUCGCCACUCUCGCACACCUCGACGUCGAAGACACUAUCCGAGCCGUCAUCAUUACCGGCGCUCCCGACGGGCCUUUUUGCGCCGGAAUGGAUCUGAAUGAGCUAGUUCAGAUCACCACCGCCGAUGCGCACCAACGGGCCUUCCUCAAAGAUCUGACCGAUGCCUUUGCUCGAUUUUCCAAGCCCGUCAUCGCCGCCGUUGUCGGCUUCGCAUGCGACAUGAUCUAUGCGGCCGAAGAUGCAACAUUUGGUCUCCCCGAGAUCAAGAUUGGCACGAUUCCCGGAGCCGGGGGCACCCAACGGCUGGCCCGCGCGCUGGGCAAACACAAGGCCAUGGAGUUCAUCCUUACCGGUAAUCCCAUUACCGGAGCCGAGUUUGAACGGCUCGGCGUCGUGAACAAAGCUCUUCCUCGUCAGGAUGUGCUCCCCGCCGCUACUAAGCUUGCGGAGCAAAUUGCUCGUAACUCGGGGCCCAUUGUGAAAAUUGCCAAGCAGGCCGUCCUCACAGUUGAGAAUAGCCACCUUGAUGCUGGGAUGACGGCGGAAAAAUCGCUCUACUAUGCUACCUUUGGAUUUGCGGAUUUCAAGGAAGGCCAAAAUGCGUUUCUUCAGAAGCGGGCCCCCGACUUUCAGCACAAGUAG